GUUUUGGGCGGGUUUCGGGCAAGAGGUUGGGCGAGAACAUACUACUACCUGGCAACCUUGCGCCACUGCACCAGUCUGUUAGUUAUCAGUGUUGUGAAAUCAAACAACAGUUCUCAGCCACGCGAUACCAUGAUGCACCAAGGUCUGCUGGUCAGCUUCUCACCUAGACUCUGGGCUUCCCUGGCUACUACCUUCCGCGCCGCCUCCUCCGCUGCCUCCUCACGCCCCCUGAACAGACCUCUCACCUCCAAUGACAUGCCACGCCCUGGGGGCAUCGCAUCCUUCAUGCGGCUGCCUGUCCAAGGCGACACAAAGGGUCUUGAUGCGUGUUUUGUGGGUGUGCCCCUGGACACCGGGACCUCCAACCGCAGCGGCACGCGGAUGGGGCCACGGCAGAUACGGUGCGAGUCUGUGCUGCUGCGGCCAUACAGCGCUAAGGGCCACGACCCGUACAGCUGUAUCAAUGUGGCUGAUGUCGGGGACGUGAGCUGUAAUAUGUACAAUCUCCCGGAGGCGUGUGAGCACAUUCGGCAGCGGUAUGCUCAGCUGAUUCAGGACGGCUGCAUUCCCCUCACAAUGGGCGGCGACCACACCAUCACCUACCCCAUCUUGCAGGCCGUCAAGGCUCGCCAUGGUCCCGUGGGUCUGGUGCACGUGGACGCCCACAUGGACGUGUCGGACACAAUGCUGGGUGCCAAGAUCAACCACGGCACCCCCUUUAGGAGGGCAGUUGAGGAACAGCUCAUUGACCCGCACGCCACAGUGCAAAUUGGCCUGCGGGGCACCAGCCACGCGGCAGAAGGACACGCCUGGCCGAUCAGUCAGGGUUUCCGUUUGGUGCCUGUGGAGGAGUGCUGGUACCACUCCCUAGUGCCCCUCAUGGAGGAGGUGAGGAGCAUGAUGGGGGACAGGCCAGUCUAUCUCUCCUUCGAUAUCGACGCCAUUGAUCCUGGCUUUUGUCCCGGAACAGGGACUCCAGAAAUAGGGGGCUUGACACCCAUCCAGGCCCUCGAAGUGGUGCGGGGCUGUGCUGGACUCAAUCUUGUGGGCUGUGACCUGGUGGAGGUUGCUCCGCCAUAUGACUUUGAGGGCACCACGGCACUCACAGGUGCCAACCUCUUGUUUGAGAUGCUUUGUGCUCUUCCUGGAGUCAGGGCACUUCAAUGAUAUGUCCAGUGCAGCAAUCCAGGGUCCAUAUUAUAUAUACACUCAGCAAAAAGGAACUUGUCUUGCCAUUACUUGAGCUGUUCAGCGCAUGACUGGCAUGGCUGUUGCCGAUUGUGUGGGUGUGACGUCAGUCUCUCGCCACAUCUGUGUUACUGUCUUCAACUGCGUGUAGAAAUUGACUCCCUGUCAAGGAGUAUAUUACUGAUAAAAUAUGGUUUCUAAAUAAAAAUUAAAUAUUUAA